GGGGCGUUCGCUCUUUCAAUGAACAAAUCGAUGGAAGACAUCACGACGACCAAAUGACGAGCCAGCCCGGAGUCCUAAAUUGGGCCAUUUUCUUGUCGUUUUCUUAUGGUGUUGGGUGGGUUUUACGUGCGCCGCAUCCUGCAGGUGGCACAUGCUCGUUCCUGAGCGCCGACUACACGUCCCGGAUUCUCGCGAGUGAGGUCGCCACACUUAAACACGUCAAGAAACAUACUCCGAUUCCGGUGCCCGGAGUGUUCGCCUACAGGUGAGAUACGGUACCUUUAUCUCACGCUCAUCUAUCAACGAACUUUUCCUUCUUCCCCUUACUUCUUACCUUUGCCUCGAUCAUUCUCUUCCUCCUUGUCUUCCUCCUCCUCCUCUUCUUCUUUCUCUUCCUCCUCUUCUUCUACUUCUUCUUC